AUGACUAGUGGUGAGUCGAAACCCGCCGUGGUGGAGAAAACACACCAUUUGCACUACUUAAAUGAAUUUCGAGUAGAAGCGUGCCCAUUGUUCAAACAGCACCAGUGCCAACAACACAGGCCCUACACGUGCUUUAAUUGGCACUUCGCCAAUCAAAGGAGAAGAAGGCCACAACGUAAAUCUGACGGUUCGUUUAACUAUUCGCCAGACAUUUAUUGCGACAAAUACGAUGAGAACACUGGGAUUUGUCCGGAUGGCGACGAGUGCGUAUAUUUGCAUCGCGUUUCCGGUGACGUGGAGCGAAAAUAUCAUCUGCGCUACUACAAGACCGCACAAUGUGUGCACCCAACCGACUCACGUGGCCAGUGUAUCAAAAACGGUGCACACUGUGCAUUUGCUCAUUCAUCAGCCGACCUUCGGCAACCUCAGUUCGACCAACAUGAAGCAGGUUUUUCCACAACGGUCGAUGGAGAUGGAAGGGAUAGGACGAGCUUCGUCAUAGAGGAUCCAUUGUGGCAUAGUCAGGACCAUGUGUUGUCAUGCUACAAAACGGAGCAAUGUCGUAAGCCCGCGCGACUUUGUCGCCAGGGGUAUGCUUGCCCGUUCUACCAUAACUCGAAAGAUCGUCGGAGGCCUCCGGCGAUCUGCAAGUAUAGGUCAACUCCAUGUCCAGCUGCGAAAACUGUGGACGAAUGGUUGGAUCCCGAACUUUGUGAAGCUGGAGACUCCUGUCAGUAUUGUCACACACGUACCGAGCAACAAUUCCACCCGGAAAUCUAUAAGAGUACUAAGUGCAAUGAUAUGCUUGAGCAUGGAUAUUGUCCUCGUGCUGUUUUCUGCGCAUUUGCUCAUCAUGAUUCGGAGUUGCAUGUUCAACGAACACCAUACGUGACGAGUAGUCAAGCCAGCCCGAAGGAGCAAUGUAGCCCGAACACUAACGGAGGCGACUCGAUGCGCUUUGGUUCUCCUAUUUCUAAUGGCACGUCAACACCGUCAUACUCAUCAGUUCUGAAACAACGACAUCCAAUGGUAAGCAAAGGUUACUCGGCCACUACUGACCAGAUUUCGAGCAGCUACCCAAAAGCGCCUGGGUAUGAACGUGGACCUUUGUCGCCAAAUCGCAACAACGAAUCUUCUAUGGGGAGACUGCGUACCCAUUCCCUUAAUAUGGCUCAUCUGGAUCUGGGAAGACAAACUCAAGGAUGCAACGUUGGUGGAUUUGAAGCAGCUUCCGGUACAUCGUUACCCUCUCAUUCCUCACUCUGCCGAUCAGACAGUGGAUUUCAUGCCGUAACAGAGGAGCUAAGUUUGGAUCUAGCACCUAUUGAGGAGCACCAGAAACCACUUUCAGAGCUUUUCUCAGGAAAUAUGUCAUCUGUAUCGUCGCCAAUGCGUAUCCCUGGUGCGGAAUCAUUCCAUACAUCACCCCUCACUUCGUUCAGUGAAAUGCUGUUCGGACCAGCAAAGUCGUUGCUCGCAACUUCAUCACAGAUUGCAGCUUUCGAAAAUCAGGAAGGGCCUGAUGUAAGUGAUGAAUUAGCAAAGACAAAAAUGGAGCUGCGAUCACAUCAUGACAAAGUAGCUAUUUGGGAAGAGGGUCUUAAACAGGCCCGCCAGGCCUGCGAAGCCUGGAAAGCUGAUGCAGAACAUUACAAAAUGAAAGCUGAACAAGCUGAAAUGGAGAGGAAUCGCGCUGUUUUUGAACGAGACCAGCUUAUGCAACAACUUGAAGCAGUAAAAAUGCAUUUGGCAAGUACUGGAUUGUCAUUAGGUGGCCUCGUGACUCCCCAGCUAGCUCCGUCAUCUAAUGAAUACAAUGAGGGAGUUCUGAGGGCCGCCCUCCAGAAUAGUCAGCCUCAUAAUAUGUUUGUCCUGGAAGACGCAAUUGCACCAGCAUGUGCACGAUGCGGUAGAGAUCGUUCCCGCGCUGAUAGUCGUCCAGGAUGUCCUUUAUGUUCGACUUAA